CUCGAUGAUCGUGGAAAACUUGGAUGGCAGCACGCACGAUUCCCAACUUGAAAACACCGAUGCUGAAUACGAUCGCAGACUUCCAUUCUUUCCGCGCACGGCGCGCAGCACUGCGCGAGAUGUGGGCUGGCAAGUGUUUGGUCCAAGUUGUCUCGCUCUUCCGACAAAAGUUCAGAGUGCAGCACUGGCGGGCGCCGCAGCUCAUGAGGCAGUCCAAGUCAGUGCACGGUCGGUUUGGAUAUCCAACACAGUCCGAGAGACAGGCGCGGAGUUACCUCUCGCAACCUCCCCUGGACAUCAUCAGCGAAACUCUUUGCUGCGCCCCUUGCACAACAAGCCUUGCCUCAGGGACAGAUUACCUCCCAGAUUGCGAACCGCGCCGAGUCCCCGUAUCCGUUACGCUCACGAUCACCGGUCGUCGAUGCUCCGGCAAGUCCUACAGUUCGAGCAAAGGAGCAUUUUAUGAUUCGCGUGAAGCUGCACUAUCAAGGCGUGGUUCGAGGAAUGGCGCUGCCAUCAGACCUGACUUGGGAGGAUUUCGAACGCGCUGUUCUCGCAAAAUCUGGCAAUACACCCUCUGGACUGGACAUGGAGUUCGAGGACGACGGGGAGCGCGUCGGUUUGCGCGAUCAGUCAGACUGCGAAUUCGCUUUGAUGACCCCGCGCGCACACGUGGGACAAGGCGGGAUCGAAGGAAAGCUGCGAAUCUGGUGCUCCGAUCGACCCAGUGAGCGCGCGACGCUGUACUGUCCUGAGGCGAGACUCCGUUUAGCGGUAGCGGUGUCUCCCGCACCGAUACGAUACUCUUUGGACCUCAUUUCGAUCGAAUUCAUGCUGUGCCUUGAUAGUACCAUUAAGUUA